ACCAAAUCGGAGUAUAUCUAGUGGUGGGAAACAGCAUAACAAGGAUCGAAGAGUCCACAGGAAAUGAUACACUGGUACCCUACAUGAUGGAUGCUAUAACCGUCCUCGAAGAAAUAAAAGACCUUACCGAAACCACACCCAACUUUGACAUAGAAGGACUAGCGUCAAUAGCGUCAUGA